AUGAUCCAAGCAGUAGUUAAGAAACUCACUACAAGGUUCAGUCCGCUUCAACUGCAAUAUUUGUUCAAAUCUUACGACGAAAUUUAUCUGGAAUACUGCCAAAUAAACGGAAACAAACCACAUUUUGUUUCCACUAACCUUGGGGUAAAUGGAUUUUGGAUUGGAGAUCCUUCGGCCAAAUACGUUGUCAUUCAAUUCCACGGUGGAGGUUUUGCUAUGGACGCAACAGAGCCUUAUCUGUAUUUCUGGUCGAAAAUUCAGAAAUCACUUGCUGAUGCAGGGAUUGAAACUGCAUGGUUCCAUAGUACAUAUACGCUCACACCACAUGGGGCGUACCCAGUUCAGGUUGGCGAAGCAGUCGAAACCCUGCGAUACAUCUUGGAAGAAGAUGGACGAGCACCUGGGGAGAUCCUCAUUGCAGGAGACUCAGCUGGUGGGAGUCUGUGCUUGGCGAUUCUCUCACAUUUGAAGCAUCCUUCAAUGAACAUACCUGAACUCGUCAUCAACGAGCCUAUCAAGGGUGCUAUUCUUUUAUCCCCUUGGGUAUCAUUCAGUCAUCAAUGGCCAAGUGUGAAGCUCAAUGAGCAUAAAGAUAUCGAUGCGCAAGAGGUCACAUCGCGGUGGUCUCAGCUAUAUCUUAAUGGAAAACCCUCGAACAAUUACAUCGAGGCAGUCAAUGCACCAGAGGAGUGGUGGAGUGGUAUUCAAGUGGAACAGACUUUGGUACUCGCUGGCGCCGACGAGGUCUUACUAGACCCGAUAAAAGCUUGGUUUUCCAAAUUUGAAAAAUCUAACCCUAACACUACUAUUGUGGUUGGGAGAAAUGAAUGCCAUGUUGCCCCCCUUAUCUGGCCUCUGUUUGGUGACUUUCAUGAGACUGAACAGGAAAGUGCUAUAAAGCAUUGGUUGAUUGAGCGGCUGGGUUGA